AUGGCCAUUGUGGUGGUCACGGGUGGCGCCGGCUUUCUUGGCGGCCAUCUUGUCAAGCUAUUGGCCGAUGGUCCGCGCCCCGAUGGCUUUGGUGAUGUGGCAGAGGUUCGGGUGGUGGACCUCGUCGCCCCUAAUCUCCAUCGCUUGGGUACGGACACUGCCCAUGCCCCACGCUCUCAAGUGGGCGACACACUCACGAUCGCGUCCCGCACGACCCUUGCAGGCGUCCAAAACCAAGACCGAGUGACGCACCGAGUCGGUUCAGUGGCUGACGCAACAUUCGUGACCGAGGCAUUGACUGGUGCUACGCUCGUAUUUCAUUGCGCGGCCAUUGUUGACUGGGGUCAGCGGCCUCGCGAAGUUCUUGAAGAGGCAGAUCCCUAUCACAUGCCUAACAUCCUGAAAGCCGUGCUGGAUGGCCAAUUGGUCCUGCGCAUGGGCAGCCCGGCAGUGCGCUUUCAGCACACCUAUGUUGGCAAUGCAGCUUGGGCCCACCUCGUGGCGGCAAAAGCCCUACUGCAGAAUGCUUCCGUAGGAGGUACCACGUACAUCAUCACGGAUGAACCGGCAGUCAACUUUUG